CUGGUGGGCAGGACCUGCAGGAGCGGAAGUGAACUGCCGCCUCCUCCCGCGCCGCGGGCCUCCCGGGGCCACCUGGAGCCGGUGUCCUGGGAGUUCUGUGCGCAGUUGGUAUCCGUGGGGCAGAGAGAAACGGGCUUCCCACAGCCACCGCCACCCAUUGGAAUGGCCAACAGGGGACCUGCAUAUGGCCUGAGCCGGGAGGUGCAGCAGAAGAUUGAAAAGCAAUAUGACGCAGACCUGGAGCAGAUCCUGAUCCAGUGGAUCACCACCCAGUGCCGAAAGGAUGUGGGCCGGCCCCAGCCUGGGCGGGAGAACUUCCAGAACUGGCUCAAGGAUGGCACGGUGCUCUGUGAGCUCAUUAAUGCGCUGUACCCCGAGGGGCAGGCCCCUGUAAAGAAGAUCCAGGCCUCCACCAUGGCCUUCAAGCAGAUGGAGCAGAUCUCUCAGUUCCUGCAGGCAGCUGAGCGCUAUGGCAUUAACACCACCGACAUCUUCCAAACCGUGGAUCUCUGGGAAGGAAAGAACAUGGCCUGUGUGCAGCGGACGCUGAUGAAUCUGGGUGGGCUGGCAGUAGCCCGGGAUGAUGGGCUCUUCUCUGGGGAUCCCAAUUGGUUCCCUAAGAAAUCCAAGGAGAAUCCUCGGAACUUCUCGGACAACCAGCUGCAAGAGGGCAGGAACGUGAUCGGGUUACAGAUGGGCACCAACCGUGGGGCGUCUCAGGCAGGCAUGACCGGCUACGGGAUGCCGCGCCAGAUCCUCUGAUCCCACCCCAGGCCUUGCCCCUGCCCUCCCACGAAUGGUUAAUAUAUAUGUAGAUAUAUAUUUUAGCAGUGACAUUCCCAGAGAGCCCCAGAGCUCUCAAGCUCCCUUCUGUUAGGGUGGGGGUUCAGCCUGUCCUGUCACCUCUGGGGUGCCUAUUGGCAGCCCCUUCCCCUAGCUUACUAAUACAUUCCCUACCCCAUACCCAUCAAAACUGGACCAACUGGGCUCUUCCUUUCCCCUGGGACCAAAAUGUAGGGGCCUCAGCACCCCCACCACCAUGCCUCUCCUCUCUCCUGGCCUGCUCUGUCCCUGAGCUCUGUGCCCUCCAUCCAUGCAUGGCUGGGCGUCAGUGAUGCUGCCUCCGCUUUCUGAUGCUGGACUCGCCUUGCUUCUGCAAGCAUGCUUCUCCCGCAGCUGUGGCUGCUGCAGGAACUUAAUUUAUAGGGAGGAGCCUGUGGCAGCUGCUGCCCCAGCCACAGCUGCAUUGACUGUGCUCACCACACAUCUGGGGCAGCCUUCCCUGGCAGAGGCCCUCAUGGCUUCUCAUUUUCCAUUCCCCUCACUGUGGCUAAGGGGUAGGGUGAGGGGAUGGAGAGGGAGGGCUGUCUACCAUGGUCUGGGGCUUGAGGAAGAUGAGUUUGUUGAUUUAAAUAAAGAAUUUGUCUUUUUUGAAUGGA